GAAGAGUAGAGUGAAGGUGUGUUUACAUCAGCAGGUCGUGGUCGUGAGAAACACGUGAAGACCGAAAAUGUUGUUCUAAUCGGUCUUUUCUCUCGAAUUUGUCAAACAUUUCUGUAAAUUCACGAUUGAAUUUAAUCAGGCACCGUCUGAACGUACUGUCAGCUUGUUCAAUCGCGUCUCGUAUAUUUCUAUUGGACUAACAGCAUAAAUAUGAAUAGCAACGAAGAAGACCCAAUACCAAAGAAGGGUCACAAAAUGACUGAUGAGGAGAGAGCAGAACUAGCUGCAAAACUUGACGCUGAUCUGGAUGCAUUCAUUGGUGGACUCGAGAAGAAAACUUACACAGAAGGUUGGCCGGAGGACCGAUGGCAAGAGGAAAUGGAAAAACACCCGUUCUUCAUGACUAAAGCCCCAGAACCAGGAGAGGAGCUUUCGCCGCUUAUGCAGGGUAUUCAGCAAUUGAAGUAUGAUGAAACUGAAAAUACACCAGAAGAUCUUGCAAAAGCUUACAAAGAAGAUGGAAAUUUCAACUUUAAAUGUAAAAAAUACCGUCAUGCCAUAAUUGCAUAUACUGAAGGUCUCAAGAAAAAGUGCCAAGAUGAUGAUUUAAAUGCUCAGCUAUAUAAUAAUCGAGCUGCCUCCAACUUCUUUCUAAAAAAUUACAGAUCAUGUCUGAAUGACUGCCUAGCUGCUUUGAAACUGAAAAAUGAUUAUUCUAAAGCUCUUUGUAGAGCUGCAGAAUGUUAUUUUCACCUUAAUAAUUUUGAUGAUUGUAUAAACUUCUGUGAUAAAAUUAUUUCAUGUGAAAAAGAUAAUAGAACUUUUGUGGAUUUACGUAGUAAAGCAGAACUAGCUAAGAGAGCUGCUGAGCGAGAUAGAAGGAAACAGUUGGCUGCAAGCAAGAAGGAAGAGAAGAGGGGAAGUGAAUUAGUGGCUGCAGUGCAAAGCAGGAAAAUAAAAUUCAAGGGCAAAGGCAAAGGUUCAGCAGAACUAAAGUUGUCUGAUCUUGAGCCCCAGUUUCCUGAUGCUAUGCGCAAUCAUGUUACUAUUGAUGAAAGUGGAAGACUUGUGUGGCCUGUUAUAUUUAUGUACCCUGAAUAUAAAUUGACUGAUUUCAUUCAAGCUUUUCAUGAGGAUGAAACAUUUGAAAAUAUGCUUAGUGAGGUUUUUUCUGAGCACCCCGAGUGGGAUACUGAAAAGAAAUACACUCCUCAGAACGUGCGUGUGUACUUCGAAGAUACAUUUGGUGGACGUUUCCAUAAUAUUCCAAACAAAUGGACUUUAGGCCAAGCUUUAACCCACGAAAGGUACUACUUGCAAGGCGGAACUCCAGGCUUUCUGAUUCUUGUUUCUGGAAGUGAAGCAGAAAAAACUUAUGUAAAAUAGGCAACCCCUCUCUUUUGGAAUAUACUACUUGCUUUUCUCUCAUGCAAUCUCAAAUGGUUGCGGCAAUCAAA